AUGGUUUACACAAUUGUCGUCCAUCUCCGUGCCAAGUCAGAUGAAGAGUCUAUCUCCAAGCUGAAGGCAAAACUUGUUGAGGCUUCUAACGUCUACUCAAAUGACAAAGAGACCCUUUCAUGGUUCGUGAUGCAGUCCGUCUUCGACAAACAGGACUUCACCAUUGUCGAGCGUUACGCCCAGGAAUCGUCGCAGGCGUACCAUCUUAACAACCCUUACUGGAAGACCUUUGACCCCCACGUGAUUCCUCUGUUGGAGAAGGAUAUGGACAUGCACCGAUUGGAAGAGUUGGAGGGUUCUACCAUGUAA